CUAAAUGUCAAGUUGGGGAGGGGAGGGAGCCCAAUGACUCCCAAAGGAAACUGAGGGGCAUACAUGUAAGUGCAGCAAGAGCGACGGCUUAUGUGGGCUGAACUGGUGAGAGAGAAGUCAAGAAUUUUGAGGAGAGGUGGGAAAGUAUGGAUCACCCCAGACCAUAGGGAGUAGAAUAUUUGAGAAACUGGGGACAUAGGCAACUGGAAAAAAAAGAAGGCUAAACUACAAAAAGGUGAGCCCGAGACAAAGCUUAGGGAUGUGGGUCCUGUAGGAGAGAGGAACUGGGAAGGCUCAAAGGCUGCAGAGGACAAAAUGCUCACCCUUCCUCUUUCUCAGGCUGUCAGGACCCAUCUGAAGCCCCAAGAACAAUGGCAAGCAGAGAAGAUGAACUGAGGAGCUGUGCUGUGUGUGGGGACAGGGCUACAGGCUAUCACUUCCAUGUCCUGACCUGUGAAGGCUGCAAAGGGUUUUUCAGGAGAACUAUCAACAAAGGUAUGGGACUCACCUGUCCUUUUGAUCAAUGUUGUGAGGUCAGCAAAAACCAGAGGCGCCAUUGCCCAGCCUGCAGGCUACAGAAAUGCCUCGAUGCGGGCAUGAGGAAAGACAUGAUCCUGUCAGCAGAAGUCCUGGCACAGAGGCGGGCAAGGAAGGCCCAGAGGCAGGCAGAGCAGAAAACUGUGCAGCUGAGUGAGAAGCAGGAGACAUUAGUCCAGGUGUUCCUGGGGGCUCAUGCCCGCCAUGUGAGCACCAUGUUUGACCAAUUUGUACAGUUCCGGCCCCCAGCCCAUCUGUUCAUCCAACACCAGCCUGUACCCUUUCUGCCACCUGUGUUACCAUUGCUUAUACACCUAGCAGACAUCAGCACUUUCAUGGUAGAACAAGUGAUCAAGUUCACCAAAGACCUGCCUCAUUUCCGGUGUCUGCCCAUAGAAGACCAGAUAUCCCUAUUGAAGGGUGCAGCCCUGGAAAUCUGUCACAUCGAACUCAACACCAUUUUCUGUACUCAAAGCCAAGCUUUCCUAUGUGGACCUCUCCGAUAUACCUUCCAAGAUGGAGCUCAUGACCGACCUGGUGUGACACAACGGGAGCAAAUCGAUCAGUUCCAAGAAGAGAUGGCACUGACACUACAGAACUACAUCAGAAGCCAGCAAGCUCGGCCCCAAGGCCGGUUCUUGUACGCAAAGAUGCUUGGGCUGCUGGCAGAACUUCGAAGUCUCAGCACUGAGUACGGACGCCAGCUGCAGCACAUCCAGGAGUUGUCGGCCCUGAUGCCUCUGCUCCAGGAAAUCUACAGCUGAAACCCUGCCCACCCACCCACCCCAAACCCCAUUCCCCCUGCCUAGAGCAUCCUUAGCUAACAACCUGUCCCUGCCUACCCACCUGGCACAUUCCCCACACUGCUGCUGUGGCUUUCCUAGGCAAUCACAGCAGCCUGCCCUGCCCUUCCACUCUAUAUGGUUCUUACAGGG